ACACUACAUUGGGACUGCGAGAAUUUUGUUUUACUUAGACGUCUCAGACUCGUGCUCCUCAUAGAGGACAAGAAGGACUUGCUGGGUCCUACUGCAGAGGUCAUGCGAGAGUAUAGGUGACUAUCCUCAUAACACCAGCGGGCGGAGCAGGGCAGAGCCGACGUGGGCGGGUCAAAUGGAGACGAGCUCUGGGAAUGUAUGUGGUAAGAGAUCGGAUCUACCUUGAUCAGCGGCGCUGUUAUGUUGCUAUUGGAAGUCGUCCCUACUAAAGGGCACGCUUUGAGCUUUAGCUGCGGAACAAACGCGAAGUAAAUAAUGUACACGACAGAGCGCAGGCGAAUGAGCCUGCGAGACUCAAAGAGGAAGGAUCCAGUACGGGUGUCCGCUGGAAGUUUGUGGCAGGACUCUUUGGCGUUAGAGCUGAGCGCCAGCAACGGCUCGGGUAAACAGAUCGUUUCUCCGCGGAGUCGAACCAGAGCAGUGUCAGUGGCAUACAUUGUCAACGAGGACGCGUCAGUGCCGCACACCGAAGAAAACUUAUCACUAAAGUGUCUGAAGGAAGCCUGCGCGGACGCACACGCUCUUCUCAAAACGAUUUCAUUUGACAGAAUUUCCCAAGGCACGACAGACAUUCUGGAUAGUUUCUACAAUGCAGAUGUUGCAGUGGUGGAAAUGAGCGACUCCUUUUGCCAGCCUUCCCUUUUCUACCAUCUUGGAGUGAGGGAAAGUUUCAGCAUGACUAAUAACAUCAUUCUGUAUUGUUCUAAGCAAGAUAGUGAUCUGCAAGCUCAUAAGGAGCAGUGUGGAAGUGACACCUUCAUCCCAUAUGUAGUGUCACCUCAGGGCAAAGUGUUUGCCUGUGACGUUGCCAUGAUGACUUGUAUCAAAGACCUGAUGCAACCUAGUUUCCAGCUGGAGCCGCUGCUCAUCCCCCUGGUUGAGAAACUGGUGCACCUGCUGAACAAUGUGCACAUUCAGUCCAGUGAGUACUUCCGGGAGUCAAUUAGGCAUGAGAUUCGCAUGGCACGGGAGCGGUUCAGCGGCAGAGCCUUGAGCGAGGAGUUAAACCACAUCCAGCAACGCCUGGAUAGUGUAGAUCUGCUUUCUCCAGAUAUUGUAAUGAACCUAUUGUUGUCCUACAGGGACGUUCAGGAUUACGAUGCCAUGAUAAAACUGGUGGAGACUCUGGACAACCUGCCUAUGUGUCAGGUGGCGAAGCAUCAGAAUAUCAAGUUUCACUAUAUAUUUGCUCUAAACAGGAGGAAUCAGUCCGGAGAUCGUGAAAAGGCUUUGAAAGAAAUUCUGCCAAUUGUGGAGUCAGGGAACAAGGUGGCAUCAGACGUCUACUGCCUGUGUGGACGCAUCUACAAGGACAUGUUCAUGAGCUCAGCGUUCACUGAUGAGUCCAGCAGAGACCAGGCCUGCUAUUGGUAUGGGAAAGCCUUUGAGACAGAGCCAACUCUUCACUCAGGCAUCAACAAUGUGGUCCUCCUAAUAGCAGCUGGCCAUGAAUUUGAGACGUCUAUAGAGUUGCGCAAACUAGGUGUGACUUUAAGCACCCUGCUGGGUAGAAAGGGUAGUCUGGAGAAGAUGAAGGACUACUGGGAUGUAGGUUUCUACCUUGGAGCAAACAUUCUUGCAGGUGAAUACAGGAAAGUCAUUGAGGCCUCUGAGAAGCUCUACAGACUCAAGGCCCCUGUUUGGUAUGUGGCAUCUAUUAUGGAGACAUACAUCCUGUACCGCCGGUUUGCCAAGUUACCUGAAGUGAGAUCUCCUAAACAAGAUACAGUGGACUUCUGGAUGGAGCUGCUUUUGCAGACCUGUAAACCCACUGCCUCAUCAAACUGUUGUCCAGUGCUCAUUCUGGAGCCCACUAAACUCUUCCAACCAGCUAUUGUGUCUGUGAACGAGGAGGACCAAAGUCGCACUGUCCAGCUAAAACACGCCACACGCUUAAAGAAGGGCUUAAACCAGUGGACUUUCCAAGCAUCUGAAAUUCGGGGAGUGAGUGCUUCAAAGAUUGAUGAGCGGAGCUGCUUUCUGUAUGUCCACUACAACUCGGAUGAUUUCCAGCUCUGCUUCCCAUCUGAGAUUCACUGUAAGGGUUUCUGUGAGUUGGUAAACUCCCUUCUCCAGGAGGCUGAAAACCAUGUUCAAGAUAUAGAACAUACACUCGGAGAAAUACUAGAGUAUAUCUAUGAGACCAAUGAGAAUGGUGACAAGGUAAUACUUGGUAAAGGAACUUAUGGUGUAGUGUAUGCUGGAAGGGACCUGAGCAACCAAGUACGCAUCGCCAUCAAAGAGAUCCCCGAGAAGGACAGCACGUAUUCUCAGCCCCUGCAUGAGGAGAUUGCUCUGCACAAGAGGCUUAAACACAGGAAUAUUGUCCAGUACCUGGGCUCUGUCAGUCAGGAUGGUUUCAUCAAGAUCUUCAUGGAAGAAGUACCUGGGGGUAGCUUGUCUUCUCUUUUGCGCUCGAAAUGGGGUCCUCUGAAAGACAACGAGCCCACCAUCAUUUUCUACACCAAGCAGAUACUUGAGGGUCUAAAGUACCUUCAUGAGAAUCAGAUAGUCCACAGAGACAUCAAGGGUGACAAUGUACUGAUCAACACUUAUAGUGGAGUUUUGAAGAUAUCUGAUUUUGGAACCUCCAAACGGUUAGCAGGGAUUAACCCCUGUACUGAAACAUUUACUGGAACUCUGCAGUACAUGGCCCCUGAGAUUAUAGACCAAGGACUUCGGGGUUAUGGGAAGCCAGCAGAUAUCUGGUCUCUAGGGUGCACUAUCAUAGAAAUGGCAACAGGCAAAACACCCUUUCAUGAGCUGGGAAGUCCCCAGGCAGCCAUGUUCAAGGUUGGCAUGUUUAAGAUCCACCCCAAGGUUCCAGAGUGCAUGUCAGAUGAGGCCAAGGGUUUCAUCAUGAACUGUUUCGUGCCAAAUCCAGAUGAAAGAGCCACAGCAGCAGAACUGCUUAAGGACCAUUUCCUAAAGUCGUCUACGAAGAAAAAAGCUAAAGCUGUUCAGGAAUCCCUGUCUAUAACUGACUAUCAGCGCAGUAUGUCUGUGCCUAUCUCCAUCCUUGUGGAGGAUACUGAUUCUUACUCUGACUUGAUUGACCUGUCUUGUUCUCUGGACCUGACGAGGUCGCAGUCCUCUCUCAGAGCAGAAGAAAUCUCAGAGAGCCCACCGAGCACCAACAGCUUCCUGUUAAUACCAGAUGACUCCACAUCAGACAUGAGCAGUCCAUCCUCAACAGAGGAGAGUACUGGCCUUUUUAUGCUGAGAAAGGACAGUGAGAGGAGAGCCACGCUGCACAAAGUUCUCACUGACUACAUAAGCCAUGUUGUGUCUAGUAUACAACAGUCUGUGCCUCAGUAUGGUGAUGGCUCCUCGAUCACUCCAGACCACAUCACCAAACUCGUUAUUUGUUUGCGUGACAACAUCCAUUCCCCGGACAGGAAGCAGCUUACCAGCGGCUUGCUGGAGCUUCGAGCUACGCUCGUAGCUGCCUCAGUACCUCUGAACAGCCUACAGGUGGUGCUAUUUAACUUCCAAGAUGCAGUGAAAAAAGUGUUGAAGCAACAAAAGGUUAAACCUCAUUGGAUGUUUGCUCUGGACAAUCUGCUGAGACAGGCAGUACAGGAUGCCAUAACUGUAUUACUGCCAGAACUCAGACUCCAUCUGCAGUCCUCAUUCGAGAGUGAGGACAACACCUCUGAGGAGCUGUUUGCCGAUCCAGACACUCCUGUAGCUCUAGUCCCUGACCAGCUGGUGGCACCAGCAUACACACAGCAGCCAGAUCCAGCAAAUGAUGUGCUGCCUAGAGCCAACCCUAAACCUGCAGACUUCAACCUUAACACCAACUGGCCACUCAGCGAGAACCUGAGAGAUCUGCGACUGGAGACCAGAAGACUGCUGAAUCAUCUAAGCGAGAAGGAGACAGAGUAUCAGGAGCUACUGAGGAACUCUCUCUGGAGAAAACAACAGCAAAUAGACGCACUGAGGAAAGAAUCAGUCAAUGAGGAUGUGGAGUUGGCUUCACAGAAAAGCUCCAGACCAGAGAAGAAAGCCUUAGCGCGCUGGCUAAAGACUGUCCCCGUAGAUCAAGACACUAUCAACAAGUUGCUCGCUCAUGAGUUCACCUUGGACUGUCUCCUCCGUAUGGCCGCCAAGGAUGACUUGAUGUACUGUGGAAUAAGAGGCGGCAUGCUGUGUCGAAUCUGGGCAGCUGUAACAGCUUACCGGAAGACCCAGCUCAGCACGCACAAUGAGGACAGCGAGGACACCCUUCUUUAAUGGCUGCUGAUGUUACACAUCAAAGGGCAGGUUCAUAGACAGGCUGGCCCUGUGUGUGGUCUGGAGGAACAGAGGCAUUUCAGGUUGCUGAUGUAAAGCAGAUUAAAUUUUGAAAACAUUUUUAAACUGUGAAUGUACUAUAAAGGAGCAUCAGAAGCUUUUUACUGAAAAGCUAAGUCAUGUCAAAAUUUUAUUUUGUUAUAUUAUGUUUUUACAUUUUAUCUGGGUGUCAGAAGGUAGAGCUUUAAUUGUAUCUUCAGAAGAUAUUUCAUCUAGUGACGCUGUUUUCCUGUUUCACAGAAAGCUAAGCAGGAUUUGAAGUUAUUAGAGACUAUGUAUAAGACUAACCUGUAUUCCUGGUUUGGAAAACAAAUGUUAUUUGUACUAUAAGCCCUUAUAAAUUAAUUCAAAUAAUAAACAGGAAGCAUUUUUUAACAGUCAUUCAGACUGGCUUGUUAUCUCCACACAGUCCUUUGUUUCUAACAGGGAGAAGGUUUUUUUCAGGGUGUGAUGUAGCAUGGAAGAAGUGAUGUAGUGGUGAACAGUCUUUAAAUUCCACACGCGUUUCCUCAUCUGUUUUCACUGUGUUGACGUCUCCUUAGAGACAGUGACGUGAACUUUGUGUGUGUUGGUCGAUAUGUGUGAUGCAUGUGUCUGAGAAGGUCUAUUGUAUGACUUUUUGCUGUUCUGGGUGGUUUCAUGCUGUCUAGUACUUAGUUUUUCAGUUUAUGAAAAAGAGUUAAAUUUUAAGUCUAGACAUGAGAAACUGGGCUCGAGUAAAAUGACGAGACUUAAAAAAUGAAGAAAAAGAUCAGGAGUGUAACAUUUCAGAAUAAGUUAGGCAAACAAUCUUUAGAGAAGAAUGAGGAGAUUCUGAGGAUGUUCUUUAUUUUAAUAGGAGUGACAGAAAGGCAGUUUAAUGUCAUAUGCUUGUUAACUCCAUUCUCUUUCAGUAGGGAUGUGACUUCAGUGGAAGCAUUGGGCUGGCUCCUGCUAGCCAUAGUACUCACUAUUGUGAGUACUAUUCGAAUGAUAUGCAAAAAUACAUGUUGCCAAAUAAUAGCUAGUAUUUGCUUUUAAGUCCAACCCUCUAUAGCAAACAUAAAAGCAUUUUCCACAGAGUGAUGUACAUUAAUAUGCAAUACACAACAAAUGUGGUAUUUGACCUACAAUCUGCAAAGUCAGAAUGGAAAGGCAGUCCUCUCUGGAGAUCUGUGGAUACCUCCUGCAUAGAGUUUAAGAGAAAAUCCCUUAAUAAAGAAUAAAAAGAAAAUGCAAAAAAUGUGAAUGGAUGAAUCCACUAUCAGAACAUCUAACUAUAAUUACAAUUUUCUAUGGUAUACUUGCAAUAUUAAACACUACCGAGAUACUAAUUAAAAUCCACUGUAGCUCAUAUAUCACUCGUACUAUAAUUCAAAACUGGCAUUUCCCUUUCCUGUGUUCACAGAUUUAUGAUAUGCUUCAUUUAUUCGUUGUCAUAAGGUCUGAAAAGCUCUUCACAGACUUGGCCAAAAUACUGAUUACGUCUGUCUGGCAGUAAAGAUCAAAAGCUCUGAUUUACCUUUGGACUAAUUUAAUGGGCUCAGCAAAUCGGAAGGUGUAUCAGUAAAUCAAGUAAGGCAUCUUUCUCUUGUGUCCUUGGAUGCUGCCUCAGAGAAAAGUAAUCGCCCUGCUCGAGUAUUAUCAACCAGUUUUAACAGAUUUGACCAUCUCCUAUCUCCAGAUCCUUGCUACCUAUUAUUUGUUUAUCAAAGCAUGCAAGAUACACAAAGAAGGAUUCUCUUUAUAGUUGAUAUUUAAAAUAUAUGUAUUUAUAACUUCUGUAUUCACCUCGACUUUUAAAUAAAUCUGUUUUUGAGA